AACCAUCACCAACAACACGGCAAAAUAAAAUGAGCGUCAAUGGUCACAGCGUGAAUGAAUGGAAUUAAUACAUGUCAUAGUUAAAUAGUUGUUACUGUAAUUAUUGAAUGUGUUUAUUAUCAUUAGAAAAGCACAACAUUCGAUCCAUCAGAUUCAUGUUUUGUUUUCAGCAUCGUUGAACUCGCGUCACUUCUCGUCUGAUGUGUCACUUUAAACCUGAUCUAUUAGUGUUUGUCACUUUUACAACCUAAUGAAGCGGCUCAGGUUAAAAUUUAACCAGUAACUGCCCUCCUCAUACAAAACCAGACGGCUGAUCGGACCCGGAAGUCUGAGGUGAAGUAGAGCAGGUGAGUCUGCGUUUAAAACCUGAAGAAAUGACACAUUUAAAAUUGAUCCACUAAAACGUGACUGAGACCCGUUUGUGAGGCAUUAAACUAAAACAGGAAACGUGAGGAGUUGAAAGGAUAAGAAGGUGUUUGUUCCGUGGUCACUGGGAGUUUUACCUCCACCUCUGCUGCUGCCGCUCGCUGGGUUUAAGCACCGUGCUACUAUUUCAGUACGUGGGGAUGAUGAUUGAAUAGGUUUGGACUAUAAAGUCAUUCUUUUUGAGUCCUGCAAAAAGUGAAAGUGAAAACUUUGCUCUAAAAUAUUUGUUGCGUUGCAUCUGCAGAUGGACCUCAGCCCAGAGCACGGUCGUCAUGGCAACAAACCAGUUAACAUUCUCAGCAGGUGGAUUCCGGUGGACAGCGAUGCUCGGGAUGAGCUCGUCCUGAAUGUACUGUUGCUAGGCGACAGGCAGAGUGGGAGGAGCUCUGUGGGGAAUGCUCUCAUUGGUGGGCAUGAAUUCCAAACGGGACGUCGCAUCUUCGGCGACUGUGUGACAGCAGAGUACCAGGUCCGAACCCGCAGGUACUCCAGGUACUUCAGGCGCCAGGGGGCUGAGUGUGACCUGGUCCUGAGAGUCGUGGACACGCCCCCUCUGCUGCCACACCCACAGAGCGUGGACACACUCUGCCCUGAGGGCGUGCACGUCCUGGUUCUUGUGGUCAGAGCCGACCUCACACAAGGAACGGGACCUCUGGGACGACAGGUGGAGAGGCUCUUUGGUCCCGGAUGGCGACGUCACGCCCUGCUUGUUCUCACGUAUGCUGACCUGGUCCAGGAGGCGGGGCUAGACCCAUCCAGCUACCUGACGCAGGCUGCUGAUUGGCUGCGCACGCUUGCAGGUGAAGUGACAGGCGGCGUCCUGUUCAUGGACGACAGCUGUGACUGGCCGUCGAUCAGAGGGGAACCGCUGAGGGCCCGAGUGCUCGACCUAUCAGCCAGAAACCACCACACGGCUCUGAGGGUCCCCCUGGACCCGACCUCCAGCACGCGGUCCCCUUCAGCUAUCAGCUAAC